AUGCAGCAGGAUGGGAUCAGCAGCAUGAAUCAGCUGGGGGGACUUUUUGUGAAUGGUCGGCCCCUGCCUCUGGACACCCGGCAGCAGAUCGUGCAGCUAGCAGUCAGCGGUAUGCGACCCUGUGAUAUCUCACGGAGCCUUAAGGUAUCAAAUGGCUGUGUGAGCAAGAUUCUAGGGCGUUACUACCGCACAGGUAUCUUGGAGCCCAAGGGUAUUGGGGGAAGCAAGCCACGUCUGGCCACACCCCCUGUGGUGGCUCGAAUUGCCCAGCUUAAAGACCAGUAUCCGGCUCUCUUUGCUUGGGAGAUCCAACGUCAGCUUUGUGCUGAAGGGCUUUGCACGCAGGACAAGACUCCCAGUGUCUCCUCCAUCAAUCGAGUCCUGAGGGUGCUACAGGAAAACCAAGGACUGCCCUGGCCACAGCUCAGGUCAUCAGCUGUCUUGGCUCCAGCUCUUUCCAUUCCACAUCAUGGCUCUGAGCAUCCCCAAGGUCCCACCUCAGGGGCCACCCACCGGAAUCGGACUAUCUUCUCCCCAGGCCAAGCAGAGGCAUUGGAGAAAGAGUUCCAGCGUGGGCAGUAUCCUGAUUCAGUGGCCCGUGGAAAACUGGCUGCUGCCACCUCUCUGCCUGCGGACACGGUGAGGGUCUGGUUUUCUAACAGAAGAGCCAAAUGGCGCCGGCAAGAGAAGCUGAAGUGGGAAAUGCAACUGCCAGGUGCUUCUAAGGAUCUGACUGUACCAAGGGUGUCCCCAUGGAUCAUCUCUGCACAGCAGCCCCCUGGCAGUAUUCCCACAGCAGCUCUGCCAGCCCUGGAACCACCUGGUCCCUCCUGGUCUCAGCUGAGUUUGCAGGCAGCACCAGACAGGUGUCUGAGUGACACUCCUCUCCAAGCCUGUCUCCAGCCCUGCUGGGAUUGCUGUGCCUUCCUCCUUCCUGUGGCUCCCCCUUCCUGUGUGGACCUUGCCUGGCCCUGCCUCACUGCCCCUCCUGCGCAUCAUGUGAUUGGAGGAGCUGGAGAGGCAGCACCCAUCCACUACUCACACUGGCCUUAA